CUCAUCCUCUGCCUCCCUCCCCUUUAUAUACACCCAGAAAGCCUUCUCGUCCUCCAUUAAUCGUUCCCGAUCGGAUUAUUGAUAAUUAAAUCAAAUGGGAAGUUGGAUCUCUUCGCUGGAAACUCGGCAUAGAAGAAGGGAGAAGAAGAAGCACGCCUCCGCCGCCGCCGACGUGAUUCUGACCAACGGAGAACUCCGGCAGUUCUCUGUUCCGGUGAGAGUUUCUCAAGUGCUAUUCUCCGGCACAGAGGAAGUGCCGGCAUUCUUCAUCUGCAACUCCGACCGCCUCUGCUUCGACGAACAUAUACCCGCUAUGGCGCCGGAUGAUGAGCUGGAGGCUGGUCAGAUCUAUUUCAUUCUCCCCGCGAAUAAGCUUUUGCACCGUCUGGCCGGAUCAGAGAUGGCCGCUCUCGCAGUCAAGGCCAGCGCCGCGCUUCAGAACAACAAAAAUCGCUGCCGGGACAGUAAAAGGAUGCAUGGUACGAGGAACAUUAGUAGGAUUUCCCCUGUCAUUGGUAGUCGUAUUGAAUCAUCCUUAUCGUCGUCUUUAUCGUUAUCGUCGUCGGGCCUAGGUGUUGACACGAGGAAAAAAGCGGCAAUGAGGAUGCAAAGAUAUUCUUCUCGGCGGGCUAAAAUUGCGGUGCGCUCGUUCCGGCUCAAGCUCAUGACCAUUCAAGAGGACGGCUGAUAUAUGUCAUUGUCAGUCGUCUUCUUUGAAUAAUAUUUGAUUUCUAGGCGACAAUUUUAUAAGAAAUCAAGCCUAUGGCAGUAUCGAUGACUCGCCCCUCAUACUUGAGACACGAAUAAAUGUUCAUAUGAUCCCGAAAGUGUUCUUGUCCGGCUGUGGAAGUUCCAUACUUCUUGAGAGCACAAAUGUUCAAAGAUUUGGUUCAGAGGCCUUUCCAUUCACUUCUUGCCUAUAGCAAAUAAAACCAGUUCUAUGGCCCGGAUGAAUGUCUUUAUUACUCAAAUCAAAACUUCUAUCUUAUCAGUAUCUUCUACUCAAACUAUGAGGACUUAUGUUAUAUGGUAUACCUUAGAAUUGAGUAGAACUGUUAGUUAGAUAACAUUGUGUUCAUGUCCACCACACGGCCUAUGAUCCGCUCAAUCUGUUUUGAGAUAUGGUGCCAUGUUUGAUUCUUAUCAUAGCCUCCUUUACGUUGUCAUCUAUUUUUCAUGUAUGAUCUAAUAUAAAAAAGAAGGAAUCUUAUCAAUUCAAG